GGUUGAUUAACAGCAUCAACGACUCGUCGACGUUGACGUCUUAUCAAUUGGUGCUUCCAAUUUUUCUACUUCUCCACACACCCUUCAGUAUCCGAUGCAGGUUUGACCACGGGUUACCCACGGGUUGCCCCAACUUCGACACGCACUCGACGCCUCGGUACUCGUACCUCACGGGCCAUUCCCCAAACCCUGCCCAAACUCUCUCCGCAAAUGUGGUCGCUUCGCCGCCCAGUUUUUCGUAAUCACAUGCCCCCGAGCCGUGCCCUCCCCAGGCCUGGGCUCCUAGACGAUGGAGAGACCCUCGAGCUUCUUCUUUUCCCCUCCUACUCAAUCCUUGCCACCAAAAUUGACCACUUCAGAUUGUUGUUGCUGCCGCUGACAACAUGACUCUCUUCAGCAGUUCCGUGAUAGUGUUCCCUCGUCUGGAUCCUAACAAAGAGGCUUCACAGAAAGCCAAGAGAACCCACGUCUGCAAUGUCUGCUCAAGAGCCUUCAAACGAAGUGAGCACUGCAUUAGACAUCAACGAGGUCGUAAGUUGCAUCUAUUCACCCUUGUGUGUCCGUCUCACAAACCUACAGAUACUCAAGAGAAACCAUUUGGCUGUCGAGUUUGUCGCCGCCGGUAUAGUCGGAGAGACCUUUUGGUUCGACAUGAGAGAACACUUCACACGCCAGAACAAAUUGCCAAUGCCACUGACGAACCAUCACCGAAGAAAUCGAAAUCUCAAGAUUUACCGACACCCGAGAGCAGCCCUCGUCAUACCGAUCCAGAACCGGAACAACAAGAUGUGCCCAAAAAUACUGAAGCUCACUCAAAUGACCAGCCGCCGGACCUGCCGCCUGUUUCGACUCCUGUGGUAGAGACGAAUUUGACCGUCCAACCGCUAGAGACCGCCGUCAUUGACUCGACGCACGAUACCAUGGAAAUCAACAUGACGGACUUCACCAUGAGCAUGCCUGACCUUGACAAGAUGCGUACAUUUCCAACGUCAGUGCCAUUACCUGACCUUGAUGGUGAUCUGGAAUUCCUCGAUUUCUUCGACCCCUUCCUGGGAAUAGAACCAAAGCAGAUGGGAAACUUUGCCUUCCCACCAAUCAGUGGAAAUUUGGAAGGAUGGUCACCACUAGAGCAUUUUUCAACUUCCAGCCACAGCUCGAUGCAAGAUUAUGGCUUUCAACACAUCUUACCAACUUCCACAGACCUCCAACCUUGUAGCGAUGUUGACUUGUAUACCACAACUGCACAAGCACCCAGCAUCGAUGUUCCGCCUGAGAUGCUUCAAUCCACUAUCUCUGAAGCAGCGUCCACCCCGAAACUAGUUCACCCAGUACCUACAAAGACUCCCGCCAUGCUAUUCACCGAGCAAGUGAGAUCAAACCUGCUCAAAGAUCUAUCAAACCGACUUCCUUUCGAUCAAGGCAAUUUCAGGCUUCCGAGCGCAGUUGCUCUGCAAAAAUGCGUCCGCACCUAUGUCGAGGCCUUUCACGUUCAUUAUCCAAUGUUCCACCUUCACACCUUGGAUCUCGAAUCCGCCCCCUCACCGCUUUUGCUGGCUAUUUGCGCUAUAGGUGCUCUUUAUCGACUGGAGAGAAAGAUCGCCGCGUCACUGUAUUCGAAAGCAGAUCAAGCUCUUUCGGCGGCAACCAGUGAAACGAGAAAAGCACCGCGCCUACUAGAUAAUUGGAGUCAGCCUCCUUUACAGACGCCAAAAGUAGACGAACAGCUUCUUUGGAAGAGCCAGACAAGGUUUUUAUUGGCAAUGUUUACGACCUUCAGUGGGGAUCCUGAAGCUACAUCAAAUGCGAUUGCACACCUUUGCGAUUUUACCAUUUACUUCCGUCAACUCGCUCCAGGGGUGAAAGCCGGAAAAGCCGUCGAAAACCUAUCUUGGGAAGAAUGGGCCAGGAGGGAAAGCGUUAAAAGACUGCUCUACGGGCAUAUACUCUACGGCAAUCUGGUGACCAUGACGUACGGCAUUCCCCCAGGCUACUCGGUCGUUUCCGACGGAUACAUCGAGAUGCCAUGCGAUCAAGCUCUGUGGGAUGCUUCCACGGCGGAACAAUGGAGUACUCUUGUGGCCGUCAAAAGCAAGAGUUCUCCUCUCUCAUUGAGAGACGCAGUAUCAAGAAUCAUGUACGGUAAUUGUGCGAGGACGGUCCCUGAAGAGUGCUGGUCGUGGUCUCCAUUCGCCGUCAAUGUGGUGAUCAAUGCCGUCUCGAUCCAACUAUGGCACAUUGCACAAGGCUCCUACUUUUUCGGCGAACUAUCUGGUGUCGGAAAGCCCCAGGAGGCGCAAAGAUCUCCAACUUUGGCCCAAGCAGAAGCAGCACUGUCGAGAUGUCGAGCACUUAUCACACAAGCACGAACCGAUGCUGACUAUGCAUGGACCGAGGCUGAAGGACCUCUUCUGUUUAACUGUCUUGCCCUCCUACGAGUCAGUUACUGCCGAGCAUUUACGGGCACGGGAGGUGCAGACCCCACGCUAUUGCUGAAAGAGAGUCAUGAAGAGGUCAUGGCUUCGAUUGAGGACUUCGUUGCUAUGCCGCAAGAACGGAGCGAGUUGAUUACCAGGGCCGUCAGCAGAGCAUUUGAAGGUAUGCUCAUUCCCAACAAAAUGGGAACAUCAUUGCUCAAGAAGACGGCCGCCUUGACUUGGGCUGUUGAGCAUGCUCUUGCUGGUUGGGAUUCUGGACUAUUGGUCACCAAAUGGGUACAUGUCAUCGAGAUUGAGACUGCCCAGAGCAAUGGUGCCUUCAUCAGCGAAUUGGAGGAUCAAACUAUGCGAACGAUCAAGAGUCUUCUUGCCGAAGUUGACGACGACUAUUCUGACCAGGCAAACGUCUCUGUCGCCGCCAAGUUGGCACGGUAUUGGGCUGGGUAUUACGAUGAUACAUGGGUUUGGGGUGUUACACCUCGGAUGGGAUGGGUUUUGCGUGAAUUGGCCAACUGUUACGAGAGCAAUUCGCCCGUAUCAUGAGGCUGCAAUGUCAACCCCACAUUGCCCUGAAAGGGUAUGAGGGGGUU